GAUCGUGUCGAACUUAGCGACUUUGACCCCCAAUGCACGGCCGCAUGGGCAUGGGGGCAUUAACUAAGCUACAAAAUGGCGUUACUUGUACUCAUUGCGCUUUCUUUUUUGAAACACCGAUCUGUUUAAAACUUUAAACCCAACUCUCAAUGAAUCGAAAAACCGUAUGAACUAACAAACAUGAAAUCCCUUUCUUUGUACCUACUUUCAUUCAUCACUAUCAUUCUUACCUUCUUGUGUUUCAUCGACCUCGCAUUUGCUAAAGGGGGGGCUCUCACCUCUGAAAUCCCAGGUAGGAGAUUGUUGGAUGAUGACUCCUCUAAACCCAGGAUUGAUGUAACUAAGGGAUACAUGAGUAAUGAAGAUUUAGAGAAUGCUAUUAUGGCAUUUGGUGAAAGGUGCAGUAACAUUUCGAGGAUAUACAGUAUUGGAAGGAGUGUCAAUGGAUUUCCACUGUGGGUGAUAGAAAUUUCUGAUAAACCAGGAAGCGAAGAGCCUGAACCUGCAUUUAAGUUCAUUGGAAAUGUUCAUGGAGAUGAACCUGUUGGACGUGAGCUUCUAAUACGUUUUGCAAAUUGGCUCUGUGAUAAUCAUGUGAAGGAUCCACUGGCAACAUUAAUUGUAAAAAAUGUACACCUUCAUAUACUACCAUCAAUGAACCCAGAUGGAUAUGCUCUUAGAAAGAGAGGGAAUGCCAAGAAUAUUGAUUUGAAUCGAGAUUUUCCUGAUCAGUUUUUUGCUAUCAAUGACUUGGAGGAUGCAAGGCAACCUGAAACAAAAGCAAUUAUGCGGUGGUUGAGAAGGAUACAGUUUACAGCCUCUGCCAGUUUGCAUGGGGGUGCUCUUGUUGCAAAUUAUCCUUGGGAUGGCACUCAGGAUAAAAGAAAGGAAUACUACGCAACCCCCGAUGAUGAAACAUUUCAGCUUUUGGCUAGUCUGUAUAGUCAUUCUCACUAUAACAUGUCUAUGAGCAAAGAGUUUCCUGGAGGAAUAACCAAUGGAGCAGCUUGGUAUCCCAUCUAUGGAGGCAUGCAAGAUUGGAACUAUAUACAUGCUGGUUGUUUUGAGCUGACAUUGGAAAUAAGUGACAAUAAAUGGCCUAAUGCUAGUGAGCUUUCUACAAUUUGGGAGUAUAAUAAAAUGAGCAUGUUAAAUCUGGUGGCUGCCACUGUGAAGACCGGAGUCCAUGGAAGGAUUUUUUCAUCAGAUACUGGGAGGCCAUUGCCAGCCUCUAUCAAUAUCAAGGGAUUUAAUCAGACGGUGAAAGCUGGACGCCUGUUUGCUGACUACCAUCGUUUACUUGUACCAGGGGUAAAAUAUCAAGUUACAGCCUCGAGUCCAGGUUAUAAGUCUAAAUCGACCACUAUCUUUCUUGAGGAGGGAGCCACAACAGCGGACUUUAUUCUUGAACCAGAAACCAGUAAUGUGGGGAAAAUACUAGAAACUGGUUGCCUUUGCUCUGGCAGCAACAAAAAUAGGCUUGAAGUGGUUGAUAUACUUGCUCACCCUCAAAUGGAGAUUUGUCUCGUCGUUGUUGUUGCAUUUGCGUUCCUCUUGCUUUUGUACAGAAGAAAACUCUGUUUUAGCCUUCCAAGACAUAGACAAUUAGCUGGGUCUAAAAGACCGAUUGUUGUAUGAACCUUAUCUUGCUCUUUUUGACACAUUAGGAAACUGUAACCUAUGUUAGCACGUUACCAUAGCUUUGGCUGCCACAGAGCAUUACCACAGGCAAGAAAAACAGCUUCGAGCAAAUACUGUAUAAGCGUCAUUGUAGAAACACUUCGUACAUUGUAACCUUUGUAUACUAAUUUAUCAUAUGUUGUUGUGAGCCCU